AUGCCUAAGAGACCAGCCGAGGAGCCGCUAGAGGACUUCGUCGCAGCUGACUCACCGGCCUCGAAGCGCGCGCGCGUUGAAGAUGUACCAGAUGAGCCGCAGAAGAAUGGCGUCCCUACAGCAAACGGGCACCUCAUGACCCCUCGAUCACAGGAGGAAGACCAAAUCGACACCCUCGGCGCGGCAGAGCAAAGGCACGAGGAACUCGAAGAGGCGGCUGCGACACCAUACGCAGAUGUCGAUGGAGACGACGACGAACCUGCGAUCGCCGCGCCGAGCAGGCAGGCGGCGCCUACGGAAGGAUACUCCGACCUCUAUCUCGAUACCAUAGACCGCAAGGUGUUGGACUUUGACUUCGAGAAGCUCUGCUCCGUGACCCUCUCAAACAUCAACGUCUACGCCUGUCUGGUGUGCGGGAAAUAUUACCAAGGCCGCGGGCCCAAAUCGCAGGCCUACUUCCACGCGCUCGAAGAAAACCACCACGUCUACGUAAAUAUGGAAACUAAGAAAGUCUACGUCCUCCCCGAGGGCUAUGAAGUCAAAUCCGCCUCCCUGGACGACAUCAAAUUCGUCGUAGACCCGCGUCUCUCCAAAGACGAAGUCAUGAAGCUUGACCGAGAACAAAGAACAUGCUGGGACCUCCUCGGACGAAAAUACAUCCCCGGCUUCGUCGGCAUGAACAACAUCAAAGCCAACGACUACUUCAACGUCGUCUGCCAUGCCCUCGCGCACGUCCCGCCUCUGCGCAACUUCUUCAUGCUGGAAGACCUCUCCACCCGCCCGCAACUCGCCCAACGCUUCUCCAUCCUCGUGCGCAAGAUCUGGAACCCGCGCGCAUUCAAAUCCCACGUCUCGCCUCACGAGCUCCUCCAAGAGAUCGCACUCCUCUCCUCAAAACGCUUCACCCUGACCACGCAAUCUGACCCCGUAGACUUCCUCUCCUGGUUCCUCAACCACCUGCACCUAUCCCUCGGCGGCUCGCGAACCAAACCCGGGAGCAGCAUAAUCCAGCGCGUCUUCCAAGGCGCCCUAAAAAUCGAAUCCCAGCUCAUCACCGCGCGCGCCGACGCGGGCGACCGGCUGCGCUUCGAAGACGCCGCCGUCCAAACCGAAAUCAGCCGGUACCUGAUCCUCACCCUCGACCUACCCCCCCGGCCCGUCUUCAAGGACGAGGCAGACCAGAACAUCAUCCCGCAGGUGCCUUUGCGCGAAAUACUCGAGAAAUACGACGGCGUGAAAGCGCAGGAGCGGCUGAACAAGCGCCAGCGCUACCGCCUCCUGCACCCGCUCCCGCCCUACCUCCUCUUCCACAUCAAGCGCUUCAGCAAGAACAAGUUCGUCUCCGAGCGCAACCCCACGAUCGUGACCUUCAACACCCAGGGGCUGGACAUGGCGCCCUUCGUGGAGCCGAAUCCCAGCUUGCAUGCGACGGGGGAGCCCAUCAUCUAUGACCUGGUGGCGAAUAUCACGCAUGAGGCCGUGCGGAGCAGGGACGAUAGCGUCGAGGGCGAGGCGGAGAGGAAGGUUUGGAGGGUCCAGCUUAGGGAUAAAGCGAGGGAUGAGUGGGUCGAGGUGCAGGAUCUUUUCGUGGAAAAGAUUCUUGCGGAGACGCUCUAUACGAAGGAGAGUUAUGUGCAGGUUUGGGAGAGGCGGAGGGGGCCUGCGAAAAGCAAGGGGAAGGGUAAGGGGAAGGUAUAA